CCCAUUCUGCCUUGCCGGUCCAGAAGACUCAGCUGCGAGUGGAGGAAGGAGCGGACGCGGGGUGCUGCUCCCCAGAGAGCAAGCUUCCCUAGCUUCCGCAGUGCGAGUUCUGUGUUCUUGGCCUUGGAAAGAACGUUAGAGACUUGGCGAGGCCCACAGCAUCUCUAUAUUCACAGUGUUUCUUCUAAGUUAAAAAUAAACCUGUUUUAGAACUAUCAGAUACCUAAAAGCUUCACAGUUGUGCGCAAGGCUGUCUGCCAUGGGCUGUCGGGAUGUCCACGCAGCCACAGUCCUUUCCUUCCUAUGUGGAAUUGCCUCGGUAGCAGGCCUCUUUGCGGGGACUUUACUUCCCAACUGGAGAAAAUUACGACUGAUCACAUUCAACAGAAACGAGAAGAACUUGACUGUUUACACAGGUCUCUGGGUGAAAUGUGCCCGGUACGAUGGAAGCAGUGACUGCCUAAUGUAUGACACUACUUGGUACUCAUCAGUUGACCAGCUGGACCUGCGUGUCCUGCAGUUUGCUCUUCCCCUCAGCAUCCUGAUUGCAAUGGGUGCCUUGCUGCUCUGCCUCAUUGGAAUGUGUAACACAGCCUUCGGAUCGUCGGUGCCUAACAUCAAACUGGCCAAGUGUCUGGUCAAUAGUGCAGGCUGUCACCUGGUGGCAGGGCUGCUGUUUUUUCUGUCAGGAACUGUGAGCCUUUCUCCAUCCAUCUGGGUCAUCUUCUAUAACAUCCAUCUCAACAGGAAGUUCGAGCCAGUCUUUACCUUUGAUUACGCAGUUUAUGUCACUAUUGCCAGUGCUGGGGGGCUGUUUAUGACUUCCCUCUUACUGUGUAUUUGGUAUUGUGUGUGCAAGUCUUUGCCUUCUCCUUUCUGGCAGCCGCUGUACUCCCAUCCUCCCAGCAUGCACACUUACUCCCAGCCCUACUCAGCACGAUCCCGCCUCUCUGCCAUUGAAAUUGACAUUCCAGUAGUUUCACACACUACCUAAUGAGAAUACAGUUAAUUGUUAAAAAAAAUUCUUGAAACCCUUGACAUUCCCCUUGUAUAGAGAGCCUUUUUGAACCUCUGUACAUUUCCUUUGUUCCUGACCAGUCAAGAAAGCCAGAUUUGUAUGUCUUGGUAGAAUGAAGUGCUGCUAGUUUUUGUGAGUAAAUUACAUUAUUUUAAAUGUAAAACAUUUCUCCUUGUACUGGAAGGAUUUUUAGCCUCCUUAUUGAUAUUUGAUCAUUUAUUUAAGGGGAAACAACAUGUGUCUGGUUUAGAAUAAUAUGGUAAAGAAUGAUGGUUAAGAGAAGCUAUUGCAUCUAAUCUUUCUAAGUAUUUCAGAUUGUGUUUUGUCCUUUUUAUGUAAUACUUUACAUUGGAAAAAGGCAAUUUUAAGAAGUUUCUUUCAACUAAAGGUAAUUUAACAGUAGUUAGUAGUUUAGCAGCUUAUGACUAUAACUUUUUUCUCUGGAGGCUAAUUGUAUUGAAUACGCUUCAGAGUUUUGAAGAUUAGUUUCUUUUUUUUUUUUUUGUACCAGAGAUUGAACUCACGACCUUGAACUUGCAAGGCAGGCGCUUAUGCCGCUGAGCUAAAUCCCCAUCCCUGAUUAGUUUUUUUUUUUUUUUUUUUUGUGGGUUCCUUAUCUUCUACCUCAUGCCAGUGUUUAAAAGUAAAAUGCAUUUUAAGUGAAGUCAGAAUAAGACUAACAUUUUAAGUAUCUAUUAAUUUUGGAUAAUAUUAACAUAAUUUUAUGAUUCCAUAAAUUGUGUAGUUAAAGUCCAUGUCUAAGAUACGUGCUUCCCCUGGGACAGAAAAUUUUUUAUUCUAGAUACCGUCUAUCAGGCAGUACCCAGGCAUACUUACAGUUGCUUAGCGGCUAAGAGAAACGAAGGGAAGAUUCAGACCUAAGGGUUUGUUCUCUUUAGACGUAGUGGUAGGGGGCAGGAAUCAGUUCUUCAGUGCAACAGGAGUGAUUCCCUCCAGUGACUGCUGUCUGAGUAACGGGUGAAGUAAGCAUAUGGCUUUACCAUAACCACCUUCGCCCUUAAUUCACUUCCUGCUCCUUCAUGGAUUACUGUCGAGCAUUUUAUUGGCCUAAAUACUUUUAGUAGGUGGUUUAGAGGAUGUGGGAAAAGUAGGGAAUCAGGUUCCAUCCAUGAAGAAAUUUAAAUCUAAUAGAUAAGAUCAAAUUCUCAAACUGUUGUCUGACAGUUUGUGAACAGUUUGACUUCAAUGGCAGCUGGUCUGAAUUUCCCAGUCAUUCAUCCAGGAAUAGUUUCAGUCAGAAUCAUGACUUUCUGACAGACUAAUUGUAUAACACCAGCAAUAUCCUGGACCCUGGAAAUUCACUGUGCUUGAAUUCAUCAGAUUCUUAUGGUACCUGCCGUCACCUAUAUCUCUAAUAACACUACAGCAGAAUCACGAAGCAGGGCAAAAAUGGUAGAGAAAUUAAAUUUCUCUAAAAGUAUAAUGCUGUAUUAAGGAGGAGGAGUUUUUAAAAUCUGUAUCCUUAGGUGGGAUCAGGUAAAUGUAACUGUGUCAACACAGGUAAUACUUAGAGAUUCAGGGAUUUAGGGUGUUUGCCCUUAUGAAUUUGAGCUGCUUAUUUAGUUGGAGUAAUUUGCUAUGUAUUACUAUAAUGUCCGUAAGGAUUUCGUUUUAUUACAGAAUUUACAAAUAGCUAGUUGUAUAAUAAACAGAUUAUGCCUCUUUUACAAAUCUGAAUAUGAUUCUAGUAUUUCUAUAGAUAUAUAUGGAUUAUAGUACCUUUUUUCUAAUUCCAACACUACUUUUUGUAAAUAGAAAAUAAAUCCAGUUGCAUAGUUUUUAAAUGCCAUCAGCAGAAAGCAUACAAGGUUAUGUUUUUCAGUUAUAGCUUCUAAUUUCUUUCAGUUGUGAUUGUUUUCAUUGUCAUAUGUAGCUAAGUCUUGAUCAUUCCAAGACAAUGACGGGUAGCAUUUUGAGAUAGAAUUUCAUUAUUCCUUGGUCUUUGCCAUAAACAAUGUUAAAGGAAAAAUAUGAGCCAUUGAGACACACACUACACAGUUUAGUUCUUAUAACUACUUGUAUAUUAAGCUUUCCUAUACUUGGUAAUUUGUAGCCUCAAAUUAGUAUCUGUCAUGAAUUCACAUGGCAUAAGAAAGAGCUGUCUUACUGUUCAUAAUGUUUCAAAUUUGCUCUCAGUAGCUGUUUUUUAAAACCUUCAAAUGAAACAAGUAUUUACAGUUCCUCUUGCACACUAAUCAGGUUAAUCAUUGUAAUUGGAGAUAACUUUGUUAAAAGCCUAUUUAUGUUAAAAGCCUUUUAUAGAAGCCAAGUUGGAAAACAAUCUUAAAUGUAGUAUGGUGUAUCAGGUUUGGUUUAUCUAGCCUUGGGAAAAAAAAAAAUUCUUAAGUUUAUUUUACUUGUACAUAUAACUAAUGGAUAGUAUAUUUGCUGUAAACUGCAAGAUGAAACCUCAGUAAAAGUGUACUGUACUUCUUGAUGUUUAUUAAAAGAUGUAUUUUUACAA